AUGAGAGUGCUACCAAGGUCAGCCUUGCGUACUUCGAGGCUGACACAAAGCCUUGCCCGCCGAUCCUUCCACUCAUACGAUCACCCACCACCACCAGGAGCAUUUGGCGAUGCUGAAAAGUCCAUCCUCGCUGCUGCUUAUAAACACGUCCCGGAACAUGGUUUCUCACAGAAGGCUCUUGGUUGCGGUGCAAGAGACGCUGGCUACCUUGACAUUAGCGCAAGCGUCAUCCCCGAUAGUGCCUUUGGCCUGAUUCGAUAUCAUCUUGUUACCCAGCGAGAGGCCUUAGCAGCUCGAAGCCAGGAACUAUUUCCUGAUCUCAAUCAGCCUGGCAUCUCGGCGAGAGUGGAGGAGUUGACUUGGGAGAGACUUUUGGGUAACAAGUUGGUUUUGGAUCGUUGGCAAGAGGCAUUGGCCAUCAUGGCUCAGCCCAGUUACAUACCCGAAUCCGUAAAGGAGCUAGCAAAACUUUCCGAUGAAAUUUGGUUCCUUGCCGGUGACAAGGCCGUCGACCCUUCAUGGUACACCAAGCGUGCCACCCUCUCCAUGAUAUACAGCACAAGUGAGCUAUUCAUGACCAACGACCGUUCUCCUGAUUUCGUCGAGACAAGGCAAUUCCUUCAGCGAAGACUAGGCGAGGUCAAGUCCAUCGGCGGCAUGGUCGGAUCGUUCGGUCAGUGGGCCGGUUACACACUCAGCGCUGGUGUGAAUAUACUAAGGAGCAAGGGUGUCAGAGUUUAA